AUGGGCAGCAGCGCGGAGGAGAAGUUCAGGUUCUGCAUUGACAGGGGCGGCACCUUCACUGACAUCUAUGCCGAGGUACCCGGGAGAAGAGAAAUCUAUGUCAUGAAGCUCCUCUCCGUCGACCCGUCAAAUUACGACGACGCGCCCGCGCCCAUCAAAGUGAUCAGGAGGAUCCUGGAGGAGUUCUCCGGAGAGAGGAUUCCCCGGUCGGUCAAGAUCCCCACCGGCAAGAUCGAGUGGAUCAGGAUGGGCACCACGGUCUCCACCAACGCCCUCCUGGAGAGGAAGGGAGAAAGGAUUGCGCUUUGUGUGACAAGGGGGUUUAGGGAUUUGCUCCAGAUUGGCAACCAGGCUCGCCUGAACAUAUUCGACCUCAAGGUGUCAAAGCCGUCGAAUCUUUAUGAAGAGGUGAUUGAGGUCGAUGAACGGGUCGAGCUCGUUCGGGAUGGCGACAGAGAUGGGUCAUCUGUUGAAGGGAUCUCUGGGGAACUGGUGAGGGUGGCAAAGCCUGUAGAUAUCGAAGCAUUGAAGCCUCUGUUGAAAGGUUUGCUUGACAAGGGGAUCAGAUGCUUGGCGGUUGUGUUGAUGCAUUUGUAUACUUAUCCUCACCAUGAACUCCUGGUUGAGAAGUUAGCUCUGGGGAUGGGAUUCAAGCAUGUAUCAUUGUCUUCAUCGCUGACACCAAUGGUCCGUGCAGUGCCUCGGGGCCUGACGGCAAGUGUGGACGCCUAUCUCACACCAGUCAUCAAAGAGUACCUAUCGGGAUUCAUGUCGAGAUUUGAAGGGGGUUCUGAACAAGUGAAUGUGCUAUUUAUGCAAUCAGAUGGAGGACUUGCACCGGAGAGGAGAUUCUCUGGGCAUAAAGCGGUAUUGUCAGGACCUGCAGGUGGUGUGGCUGGCUACUCGCAGACCUUGUUUGGACUUGAGACAUCAAAGCCACUGAUUGGGUUUGACAUGGGGGCUUCCCAGCUUGACAUAAACACUGUGGCUGCUGGUGGUGGAUCAAAGCUUAAGUUUCAAUUUGGUGCUUUCAAGGUUGGGCCAGAAUCUGUUGGGGCACACCCUGGUCCAGUCUGUUACCGAAAAGGUGGUGAGCUAGCAAUUACCGAUGCCAAUUUGAUCCUAGGAACUGUUAUUCCUGAGUACUUCCCAUCAAUAUUUGGUCCAAAUGAAGAUAUGCCCCUUGAUUAUGAGGCUACAAGAAAGGCCUUCGAAAAUCUUGCAGUUGAGAUCAACUCUCACCGAAAGAGUCAGGACCCAUCAGCAAAUGACAUUGCAAUUGAAGAGAUUGCACUUGGGUUUGUCAAUGUCGCAAAUGAGACAAUGUGCCGGCCUAUACGCCAGCUGACCGAAAUGAAGGGGCAUGAUACAAAGAACCAUGCCCUCGCAUGCUUUGGUGGUGCUGGCUCACAACAUGCAUGCGCUAUGGCAAGGUCCUUGGGUAUGUCUGAGGUACUUGUUCACCGAUAUUGUGGAAUAUUGAGUGCAUAUGGGAUGGAUCUUGCUGAUGUCAUUGAAGACUUGCAAGAACCAUACUCUGCUGUUUAUAAUACCGAGUCAUCUGCAGAAGCAUCUAGAAGAGAAGCCCUUUUAGUAAAACAGGUGAAAGAAAAGCUGAUGGAGCAGGGUUUUGGAGAGGAGAGCAUCAGGACAGAUUCAUACUUGAAUUUGAGGUACGAGGGAACUGAUACGGCCAUCAUGGUUAAACAACCAGAGCAAGGAUCUAGAAAUGACUAUGCCGAUGAGUUUGAAAAAUUAUUUCAGCAAGAGUAUGGCUUCAAAUUGCAAAACAGGAAAAUACUCAUAUGUGAUGUGAGAGUUCAGGGUGUCGGUAGUACAAACAUCCUGCAGCCUCGUGAAUUGACGCAGAUAUCAACUAAACCUGUGAAAGAAAGUUCAUGCCAGAUUUAUUUUUCAAGUGGGUGGCAAGAUACUCCGCUGUACAAGCUUGAGAAUUUGGGUUAUGGCCAUGUCAGGGUCCUGCAGUUAUUAUGA